AUGCUAUUACUACAAAAUAAAAUAUACUUUUUCAUAGUUAUAUUUCUUAUAUUAUUCUUAUCAUAUAAGAAUACGUUGACAAAAAUAGAAGACCUAAUAUAUAAAAGAUAUAUUACAACAGAAAUAAAAUCAAAAAGGAUAUUGUCAGAUUUUAAUUUAAAACAUCACAAAUAUACUAAAUUAAAGGAAUAUGAUGAUUUAAAAAAAAACUGUAAAAAAUAUAAAGAGUAUGAGAAGGCUCUUCUCUUGUACAAUUUAAUAAAUAAGGACCUUCAAAAAUAUGACUGGGAUGAAUAUUUAUAUAAUGAUGGAAAUUCAAAUGAAAAAUAUAUAUAUUAUAAAAAAUUUUUUGAUUCAAAAAAAGAUACAGAGAGUAUAAAAAGGAAAAUAAAGAAAAUUUUUGAUGAAAAAGCUUCAAAAUAUUUAAUACAAAGCAAAAAAAAAAAGAAAUUCAUGGAUUAUAUAAAAAAGUUAUUCUAUAAAAUAUUUAAAAAAGCAAAGAAAAAAAUAUAUAAAGAAAUAAAAAAAGAGAAAAAAAAAGAGAAAAAAAAAGGAAUGUCCGAUUUUGAUAUAUUUCAAAAUAGUAUAUAUACACUAAUUUUUACUAUAUUAUCUAUUGGAUGCUUAUUCAUAGCCUUUAAAGUAUAUAGUAUAUCUUUGGUGAUAAAUUUUUCUUUAAUUACCUCAAUUAUUUGGCCCACUGUAUUUGGAAUAAUGGGACUAGUCUUUUUAAUGAUUGCAGGGUUAUUAAUAUACGAAAUGAUUUCAAUUGACUAA